AACCGUGACCAGUGAGCACACGUAUCAUGAGGUGAAAGGUACACGUGUCAUAAUCACAACGGCCAAUUCUCAUACCUACCAUGUUCUCGGAGCCAAUAUAAACUCGAGCAGCUAAGCAAGAUAGAGGAAAAAUAUCCCAUUUUUCUUCUUCCUCUCUUCAUUAUCUAUCCAAUGGAUCGUCUGUUUCUCUUAUCUCUUCUCGUUUUCACCAUUUUCUCGUCGUCGGCGUUCGCUUUCUCCGACGAAGAUCCAUUAAUCCGGCAAGUCACAUCGGAGUCCGACGACAAUAACAACCACUUGUUGAACGCCGAGCAUCACUUUUCACUUUUCAAGUCAAAGUUCGGAAAGAUCUACGCUACUCAGGAGGAACAUGAUCAUCGGUUAAAGGUAUUCAAGGCAAAUCUACGCCGUGCACGGCGGCAUCAGCUCCUUGACCCGACGGCGGAGCACGGUAUUACGAAGUUCUCCGAUCUUACUCCGUCGGAGUUUCGACGAACUUACCUUGGACUUCAUAAGCCGAAACCGAAGCUUAGUACUACGAAAGCUCCGAUCUUACCGACGUCUGAUCUUCCGGAGGACUUUGACUGGCGUGAGAAAGGCGCCGUUACCGGUGUUAAAAAUCAGGGCUCAUGUGGAUCAUGCUGGUCGUUCAGUACGACGGGAGCAGUGGAAGGAGCUCACUUUUUGGCCACUGGAGAGCUGGUGAGCCUUAGUGAACAGCAGCUCGUGGACUGUGACCAUGAGUGUGAUGCGGAGCAAAAAAGUGAGUGUGAUGCAGGUUGCGGUGGUGGUCUUAUGACUACUGCCUUUGAGUAUACCCUGAAAGCUGGGGGUCUCCAACGGGAGAAGGAUUAUCCUUACACUGGCAGGAAUGGCCAAUGCCACUUUGACAAGAGCAAAAUUGCUGCUUCUGUUACUAACUACAGUGUUGUUGGUCUUGAUGAAGACCAAAUUGCUGCUAACCUGGUUAAACAUGGUCCUCUUGCAGUGGGAAUCAAUUCUGCUUGGAUGCAGACAUACAUUGGAGGAGUUUCAUGCCCAUUAGUUUGCUUCAAGCAUCAGGAUCAUGGUGUCCUCCUAGUGGGUUAUGGUUCUGCUGGCUUUGCUCCUAUCCGACUCAAAGCGAAGCCUUACUGGAUCAUCAAGAAUUCUUGGGGAGAACACUGGGGAGAGCACGGAUAUUACAAGAUUUGCAGGGGUCAACACAACAUCUGUGGAGUUGAUGCCAUGGUCUCUACUGUCACUGCUGCCCAUACUACUAAUCCUAAUCUUUAAGAUGAAUUUAUCCAAGAAUGUUGUCUGUUUGUUGUACUGUCAUUAUCCUAAUUUGUGUAAAUAUGUCGGUCCGUAAUGCAUCGUGAACCUCGUUUAAGUCUUAGAUUUCAUCAGCACUUUAUUAUCGUGCCCCAGACCACGUGGUACUGGCAUUUGUAUCCGUAGUUUAUACUGCCAAAAAUGAAGUUUGAAUUUGAAGUUAGUUGCAUUGA